AUAGCCCACAAAAUGGUCCAUCAAUGUAUCCAUCUACCCUUCACUAUCAAACAUUGUUGACAACUUAUGAAAGGUGUCCCAGCCUCGCCAAAGUUUUCACAACUUUCAAAAGGGUCUUGCAAGAGAAGGACUUCACAUGUUGGCAUGGUAACAACAAACAACAACAACACCGUUUUCUAGCCUGCGGCAGGUUUUGUGUAGGAGGGAAAGCAGCAAUGGAAGAUGAGGCUUUGAUUGAUUAUAAGAGUGAAGGUGUUGAAGGAAGCAUAGAAUGUGAAAGUGGUUGCAAUGAUGAGAGUUUUGCUGAUUUGAUUAAAGAAAAGGGUGGAGAGAGAAGUUCCAACUCUGAAAUUCUUUUAUCUGAGAUGACAGAAUUUGAUGGUCAGAGUCAAGGUAGUGCAGAAGAUACAUCUUCAUCAACUUCAAUGGGGUUUCAGGAAAUGUCUGCAUCUAAUAGUACAAGUCCACGUGGAAGUGAAGAUGCAGAGAAAAAGGACUUGUGUAAUGAGAAUUUUGAGGAGCAAGUAUCUGGGUUAUCAAUGUCAGUGCUAGAGCAUGAAUUGAUGAAGGAAAGGUUUGCAAAAUUGUUACUUGGAGAAGAUAUGUCAGGUAGUGGAAAUGGAGUCCCUGCAGCCUUGACUAUAUCCAAUGCCAUCACUAAUCUAUGUGCCACCCUCUUUGGGCAACUUUGGAGAUUGGAGCCACUGGCACCAGAAAAGAAAGCAAUGUGGCGACGAGAGAUGGAGUGUCUUCUUAGUGUCAGUGAUUAUAUUGUUGAAUUGAAGCCUACAUGGCAAACAUUUCCAGAUGGAAGCAAACUUGAGGUCAUGACCACUAGACCUAGGUCAGAUCUUUAUGUCAACCUGCCAGCUUUGAGGAAAUUAGAUAACAUGCUUCUGGUAAGAUUUUACACCAUUCAGUGUACAUUAGUCCAGUUUCAAGAAAUAGCACAUACUAAACAUUCUCUCUUCUUUCCAAAGGAAAUUCUGGAUAGUUUUGUUGAUCCGGAGUUUAGGUAUGUUGACCAAGGGGUUCUUGCCCCAGAUGCAGAUGGUUCAUCUUCGUUCCGCCAAGCUCUUCAGCGGCUAGAAGAGAAAUGGUGGCUCCCUGUACCUCAAGUCCCUCCUUCUGGUCUCCAUGAAGAUUCCAGAAAGCAGUUGAUGCACAAAAGGGAUAGUACAAAGCAGAUAUUAAAAGCUGCAAUGGCAAUUAACAGCAUUACUUUAGCUGACAUGGAGAUCCCUGAUACAUACUUGGAAUCUCUUCCAAAGACUGCAAGAGCCAGCUUGGGGGAUGUCAUUUACAGAUAUAUUACAACAGACAAUUUUUCUCCUGAGUGUUUGCUAUCUUGCCUUAAUUUAUCAUCUGAACAUCAAGCCAUAGAGAUUGCCAACAGAGUAGAGGCUUCCAUUUAUAUUUGGCGAAAAAAGAUGAACUCAAGGCCUACUACUACAGGUCGCACUACAAGAUCCAGUUCAAGAUCAUCAUGGGAAAUCUUCAAGGAUCUGAUUGUUGAGGGAGAUAAAAUGGAAACACUUGUAGAAAGAGCAGAAAGCCUUCUACUCUCCUUGAAGCAGCGUUUUCCUGCUCUUCCUCAAACAGCCUUGGAUAUGAGCAAAAUCCAAUGCAACAAGGAUGUUGGCAAAUCCAUUUUAGAGAGCUACUCAAGAGUACUAGAGAGUUUGGCAUCCAACAUUGUAGCACGAAUUGAUGAUGUGCUCUAUGUUGAUGACUUGACAAAGCACUCUGAUGGUGUAAUUGCUCACACGACCAUUUCAAUUCCACACUCAAUGUCUGGCCAAAGCACUCCUCCUCCAUCAUAUAAGUCAUCUUUAGGCACACCAAACUUUUCUCCGGCACGAUGUGUUAGUCCUGCAAAGGGAUCAAAGUCACCAUUCAUCAACAGUAGCAACCUUCCCCAAAGAGGGGUAGGAGUUAGCAAAGUUUUGACUCAUUUUGGUGGCAUUGAGAGGAAAGAGAAGUUUGUUCCAACCUUGAAAACAUUUGAUGAAGUUCCAUUUAGAACAUUUGAUGAAACAGAUAUGGAGUCCAGUGAUUGCACAGAAGAAGAUGUUAAGCUCAAUGUGUUGGACAGGGCAUGGUUAGAGUGAAGGAUUUUAAUGUACAAAUCUUUCACCAAAGUUUAAUUUUGAUACAUUAUCGAUGUAAAAUUUUUAUAAUGUCAACUAAUUUAGAUAACUUUCCAAAUAUGAAUGUUGAAAUAAUUACGUAAGAGUUAAAAUUUUUUCAUAAUAUGAUAAUUCACAUUUGGUUGACAAUAUAAAAAUUAUUUACAUUAUUAGUGUAUUUCAAUUAAACAUUUUACAUUUUGUCAAUUAUUUUUUCCAUCUUUGUAGACAUAUCAAAUAUGUAGAAGACAUGGUUUUAAGUUGAGACUGUGAUUCUUCAUUAAAAAAAAAGUUGAGACUGAGAUUUGGUUUGCAAUCACAGAUUGCUGAGGUAGCAACAGUAGAUGUUGUGGCUUCAUCAUGUAUUGCAGUUCAUAGUUUAAAAAUCUUAAUAGAAGGAUUACAGAUUUAGAGCA